AUGAUGGGGUUACUGUCAACGAUUCGCGGAAAACGCGACGCACCGGUGAUCGGUUCCACUAAUGUCGGUCCUAUCGCGAAUAGGGACAAAAAGCUGGUGAUUCAGGAAUGGCCGAGGUUGUUGGAGCAGCAACCGCAUCUCUUCCAAAUUGUCUGGAAUGCCUCAUCUACUCGAAGCAACUCCAUAAAGAAGGCGUUCGGUAUCGGAGAUGACGAAAGUCCGCAGGAAAAUGCGGUGUUCAUGAGACUCUCGGAGACAAUCGCAGCGUUCUUCGAAAAAAUUGUCAUUACAAUGCAACUCGAUGAUGACAUCGUCCGCUCAACUUGCGAGCAAUUGGGGGCUCGGCACGUUGAUUUCAUCGCACGUGGUUUCAAUUCGAAUUUUUGGGACAUCUUUCUAGUGUGCAUGGCUGAAACAAUCGACGAGACACUGUCGAGCUACAUGACAGACGAAGGGAAACGUGCAGAAAUGAUACUCGCGUGGCAAAGAGUGUUCAACAUGGUUGUUCAUCACAUGCGCACAGGUUACAACGAGCGGCGUAAGGAAAAACUGAAGGGUUGUGUAAAACCGUGA